UAGUUCGUGAUACUUGACACCCCUCAUUUUGGUAGAUAUCGGCUUCAAUGAUUGAACUUUAACAUAUCAUUAUUUUCAACCGUUUCACCUUGGUAAGUCUGUUUGUCAUUAAAUACCCCUAUCGAGUCCUUCAUUCGCAGAUAUACAAGAGACUUCCGCUCCACUCACAAUCUUCAUGUCUACUACUGUCUUAUAUUGGGUUUGAUCUUCCGGCGACGAGUUCGAGUUUCAUUUUGGAUCUGUUAUUGUACUGUACAACAAACAUGUCACUCGAUUUUUGCAUACUCCACUCAAGAGCCUAUUGCUUCGCAUUCACAGCCUAUCAGCAUCAACAAUCUUGUUGACGGAUUGGCAUUGGCUAUUUAUUACCUUGUUCACCGAAGCUUAACCCAGUUGACAUCCUCUAUUUUUGCAUGGCAUAUAACGAGUACUGAUAUAAGAAAUCUAGGCCGUUACAUUUCCACAAGCUCUAUAUCUCCAACAAAUAUGUCGACGGCAAUUCCACAAGUACCUCCCAGACCUAACAAGUCUCAAGAGCAGGGGAACACCUCUUCUGGUGGCCCUUCUCUUGGUGAUAAUAUACCACAAAUCCCUCCAAGGCCCGCCAAUCGACGUGCUGAUCGUUCCGUUUCCCCUGCUCCUGAGAGUUUCACACGAUCGCCUCUCAACGAUAUGCCUCCUAACAAUCAUGGAAAGUCUUCCUUGUACACUAUGAGCAGUGCCAAUAGCUCAACCUCAGAGCUCGAGGUUCCACGCCGUCCAGCAAGUGUAGCUCUUCCUUCCAUCGGCCAAGAGGGUAACGAAUAUGCAGAGGCUUUCGGCGCUUCGGAAGAUCUUAGCUCAUCGCCAGCACAAACAAGGAAUGUCGCCAAUGAUUUGAAGCUUCAUGCUCCUAAGCCUUCCCAUCCCGAAUCCAGCGCUAAGGCCAGGGUAUCUGCCGUUACUCGUACCGAUUCUAGCCAAGCCGCCGCAUAUGGCAUUGGCAGAACUGGAGAUGAUAGAGAUGCUGCUUCUCGAUCUUUGAGGAACAAAUCAAGCUUUGCUAGUAAUGCUUCUGGUAUCGAGCGGCCCCCAUCGAGUACUGGCCAUGAAGAUGAGCAUGGCAUCCCCGAAAUUGGUCAACGUGUUCCCAUGUAUCCAAACGCAGGAGAUGUGCAAGCUCCAUCGCCAUCGCCGUACUCAACCCCCUACGCUCCUGGUAUUGGUUUCCACAACGAUGGAUCAAAUCGUCACCAUGAACGUAGAAUAAGUGGUCGAGGGGCAGAUAUUCCACCGGGAAGUUAUGGUCUUCAUGGACAUGGCAUUAUUCCUCACGAUCGCUUUGAAAAGGCUUACUAUGAGAAACAUCCCGAGGUAAGUUUUAUGAGUGAAAUAAUUUGAUUGCUUCAGGUGCAGCUUCACAGACGACCCAAAAAUUGCACAAACAUAAUACAUUAUUGAGUGAUAGAGUGCCGUAAAUGGUACUUGUUAUUCCAAAUCACAUUCUAAUAAUGUUUAACAGCUUUACAAGAAAGAAACUGCUUCUUACCACGGACCUCUCGGCGAAGGCAGAGCGGAUUGGGCGAUGAGCAGUGAUGACUUGAAUAAGAUUGUUAGAGAUACUGCCAGCCGAGGUGCUGGUCUUGGUAAGGUGUAUGAUUGUGCUAUCCAGUCAUGAUUCUAAUUGUGAUUAGGCACAUCUCCAGCAGUGAUGAGUACUCCUACCGAGCAGAUUGGAUUUCAAGCUUCUGAAGAGUAUGCGUCUCGCAUAUCUUCUCCUCGUCCACAAUCUAGUGGUCAUCAAUCCUCUGUCUAUAACGUUGCGCAUUCUAAUGCAUCUCAAACCCACGUCGAGUCGCCUUUGAAAAAAGAAAGCGUUCAUCUCGACGGUUCGAAGAAAGAAGAAUUUGAGGGUGCUUUAUCGAAAAGUCUCGGUGAUAAAUCCGAGCGUGCUUACGAGAGCGAAGCGGAUGCUGAUGAUAUCAUCCAUGUUGAGAACCCGAGUCGUCACUCUAGUAGAAUAUACGAUCCGGCAAAUGAAUCGAGACCAUUUUCCGCAGCUGGCCGGGAAGAAGAUGAUCUUCGUGAGGAGCAUGGAUAUAGUGCUCCGAUUCUCGCUUCUGAUGAAGUGUCAAAAAGAUCAUCUGGAUAUGAGCUGCAGCCUGCUGUUUCACCAUCAAUUGAACGCAGAAGCUUCUAUGACGAUCUAACAUAUGGGAGCACACCCGGAAGCAGACACACUAGCCGACCUGCAAGCAUACAUACACCAGCAGUGCGAGCAACAGAAUCAAUGCCGUUGGAGGAAGUACAUGAAUAUGAACCAUUGUUCCCUGAAGAUGAAAAGCCAGGUGCUGUGGAGAAACCUGAAACUGCAGCUGAUCGUCUGAAGCGUCCAGAGACCCAAAAUCGUAAAUUUCCAAGUCAAGACGUGUGGGAAGAUACGCCCAACAGUCUGCAGUACACUGCGACAGUUUCAACACCGCAACUUCCGGAUCCGGAUGAGGAUCAUGAGGACGCCCACAAGAAAUCAAGAGAGACCCCAGAACAAGCUUUUGCCAGGCGACAGGAGGAGCUAGCCGCGAGAGAAUCUACAAGUACAGAUAGUUUCUUGCAUCCCCAAAAGAAAGCCUGGUCUCAUCAACCACAUCUUGCAGCAGAAACACGACCAAAUUUACAACAGCGAUUCCCUAGCAGAGAUGUUUGGGAGGAUACUCCGGACAGUCUUCAAUUGCAGACGACCGUAUCGAAACCUCAAACUCCAGAGGUAGAUACCGUUACGAGCCCAUUGGACGAAAGACCUACCACUGGUGCUGUCGUAUUUCAUCAGGAAAAGGCAGCAGCUGGCUUGGGACUUGCGCAAGAUGAAGGCCGAGCUACGACUGGUAUUCCAAUGACCAAGCCAAGUAUUCCCGCUCGCCCUGCGAGAUCAAAUUCGCCUGACAAAGCUCAACCAGUCAUUCCUGACCGUCCCGCACAGAAAUCCAAACAGGUGCCAACUGCGGAUGAUGCAGCCCCUCCUCUGCCAUUGAAGUCCAAGCCACAAAUUCCUGCUCGUCCUGCAAAACCCUCUGCACGUGAAUCGUCGGAGAACAUUCCAUUGACAACUGUCCAAUCAAAUUCUUCAGCAAAGUCGAUUGACUCCGAUGCCAGCUCUCCUGCCGCAGUCAAAGCAAAGCCACCCGUUCCUUCAAGGCCGCUUGGUGGUAAAAUCGCUGCUCUGCAGGGUGGUUUCCUGGCAGAUCUUAAUUCGCGCUUGAAACUUGGACCGCAAGCUCCAAAGAAAGAAGAACCUAAGCCAGAGGAAAAUGUUGAGGAAAAAGAAAAGGUUCCUCUGUCAGAUGCGAGAAAGGGUAGAGCUCGAGGUCCUGCCCGUAGAGCACCUGCUAAAAGUGCCGCCCCUGUCUCAUCGGCUGCUCAAGAAUCGGCCCCUGCAACUUUAGCAACUUCAACACCAUCUACAUUGUGGUAUAUUGACUUCGAUGAGGUCUUGCACGUAGAUUCCAAGACAGAUCCUAAGCCAGAGGAAGCCGCUCCGCCUACCACAAAGGCAACUGAAUCUCCAACCCCUACUCUUGCAACAAACACCGCAGGAGAAAGUGUUCAUGAGGCUACAGAAAUUGCUAGUGGUGCUGAGAAGAGUGCAUCUUCUCCAUCAGCAGAAAAGGACAUACAAUCCGAGCAAAGAGAGGAUAUUCAAAAGGAAGCCGUCAUUUCUGAUGCUCACAGUAAUGAUGUCGAGCCGGAAAAGCCAAGUGAUUCCCCUCCUGUCGUUAGUGAGAGUGCCGUGGAGAGCACAACUGAACCUGAAGCUGUGACCGAGGAUUAGAUCUUGCAGUUGUGGGGAAUGUGGUAUGUAGAGUAACUAGGUAGUUGGGUUAUCAGUGAGCUAUGAAUCAUAGGUUUUAUGGCAUGGAAGUACUAUUGAAAAAUGGUAUUUUACAUGAGUAUUAUGACAUCUUAUGAUUUCGUGCCUAUGUGAUUGAUCAUUUCUUAAUGUGGAAGCUAG